UGGGUUAGGUUAGGCGAGAAAACCAGUUGGCGCGGCGCUCGCACCACAAUCGGUUUAAAUACACUAAGUAUUGUGUAUGUAUAUAUAUAUACACCAUAUUGUAUUAUUCUUGUAUAUUAUUAUUAUUAUUAUUAUUAUUGCCGUCGGUCGUCGCCACCACCGCUACACCACCGUCACCACCACCACCACCAACACCGCCGCCGCCGCCGCCGUCGCCGACGCCGACAUCGACGCCGCUGCCGCUGACAGAACCUCGCCGCGGGCUAGAUACACACACCACCGUAACCCCGCGGACCGGACGGGAUUUCCAUACACCCUCGACGGCGGGUGCAGAGAGAGAGAGAGAGAGAGUGACGGAGAAAAACAAAAAUAAUAAAUACGUCGUGAGCACCUGUUUUGACGAUCGCCGCCGACGUACGUCGAUCGUGACGAUAGAUCAUUUUUAACGGGUCCGGCGACGUCCCUUCUCCGAAAACCCCGCAGUUGUUCGCGAAACCAUAUGAUCAUUUCUCUCGGCGUGUAAAAUCGUCUGUCGCUUCGCGUCUUCGUAACCGCCGCGCGUACGUCCGCCAGCCACAUCGCAUCGUCUCGCUGAACGCGAGCGAGCGGCAUAAAUCACGAGCACCGCGGGUGUCCGCGUGCCCCGCACGUCCGCGCACCAGUCGUGCCCCGCGUAACGCGUAAUAAUAUAAUCAUCAGUCGCCCUCCCCAUUAAACGGCGCCGAUAAUAUUUGCAAAUCGUACGUUUUGAGAGAUACAAAUCGUACACCGUUCUUACGCGAUCGCCAGCGAAACGUGCGCGACACCGCCGGCACCGCCGCAUGGCUCGUCUACCGGCCGUGGGGUGGUACUUGCUGCCGCUGUGCGCUGCGGCCGUGGUCGUGUGCACGCUCAAGCACAAGCAGCAGCAGCAGCAGCAGCCACAGACGAAAAAGGACGACCUGUCCCUGUGGAUCGACGAACAGCAAGUGAAAAUGUACAGUGGUCUGAAAAUGCCAAUAUAUGCAAUUAUGGAAGGCAAAGUCACGCCAUAUAUUUUGGACAAAAAUUUUGAACAGUACUUGCCAGUCAUUCCAUCUGAGGUUGGUUAUGUGAACUUCACAUGGAUGUCUGGAAAUAAGAAUUAUUUUUACAUGUUCGACACUCUAGAUUCGGACGACAAAAACAUAUUGGAACCUCCCACAGUUACUGUGAAAACCGACGGUAAAAUACCCAAGAGACCCAAAGUGUUUAGUAUAUUGUUGCCUUGUUCCGGAAACAGAUCAGGCAUUGCUAGUUUCAACAUACGGUUAUUAAUACGAAACAGAAAAGGCCGAGCUUUACCUGAUACACCAUUAAAAGUGAAACUCAGAAAAGAGUGUAUGGUUAGAGGUACAAGUAAAAGUACAAGUUUAGAUUUAGUAUGUGAUAAAAAAUGUGAGAAUAAUGGUUGGUGCAAUGCAGAUAAAAUAUGUCAGUGUCCUGAAGGGUACAUGGGACAGUACUGCAAAACAGCAUUAUGCUAUCCACAAUGUAUGAAUAAUGGUACAUGCGUGGCGCCAGGUGUCUGUCGAUGUCCACUAGGUUUUCAAGGACCACAUUGUGAAGGAGGUAUUUGUGCAGAAAAGUGUUUAAAUGGUGGAAAAUGUAUACAAAAAGAUACAUGUCAAUGUCCUAAGGGGUUUUAUGGCUUACGAUGUGAAUAUUCAAAGUGUAUUAUACCAUGUUUAAAUGGUGGAAAAUGUAAAGGAGUGAACAAAUGUAGAUGUAUAUUUGGUUUUCAAGGAGACCAUUGUGAAAUCGGUCAACCAAUAAAACAAUAUUAUAAUUGUAAGCGACCUUGUCGUCAUGGAUAUUGUACAGCAAAUAGAACCUGUCGAUGUCAACAAGGAUGGUUUGGAAAAUUUUGCCAGAGAAGUAAAUUUUAUAAUUAUUUAUUUAAAUUAACUUUGUCAAUUUUUUUAUUUUUUCAUUUAGAAAUACUUAAGCCAAAACAUGAUAAUCAUAGGCCUGAAUAUCCGCACUCUUGUGAAGACGAUGAUGAUGAUAUGGAUGAUUAUGAUGAAGUGCCCAAAAGUCAUCAUAGAUGGCAUUGACUGUUCUCAAUUAGUAUGAAAUUUUAAGUGUUAAAAAAUGUAUAAAUAAAUGAUCUGUGAUUUGUAAAAUAUAAUUAAAAUAUAAAUUUAUUGAGAUUUAUGUGCUUAGGUUAAUGACAACUAACCAAUAAAAUAAGUUACUAAAAUUAUUCUAUACCAUAAUCAAAUAUAAACAUCUAUAACAAAAAAAAAAAAUACUCUACUUAUCUAUGGACAAUAA